ACCAUCAGUCCCUUCUAUCUAAUCUUAAUAAAAUCUAAGAAGAAAAAAAAAAAUCCAAACCCCGGACGUCCCCACCCACCUAAAAGCUUCAGAACCCAUUGAAAACGUAAGAAACCCGGAUCCUUGCGUGACGAUCGCGUGCACCUCAUGCUUGAUCGUCUUCUUCCACCUAUUGCCCCCGGCUUACGUUAGCUCAUUCUCCCUCCUUAACCAGUCCCUCCUAGUUCACUCUCUUAAACACAAACCUGAUUUCUAUCUUCAACUCUGGGUCGUAGUUUAGCAGCUGCACUAUAAUUGUUUAUUUUUAUUAUAUUUUUUUAAAUUUAUCGGAAUAAAAAUGAUGGGAUCGGAAAACCAGGACAUUGAGGAAGCUCAUAUGCACGCAUCUCGAGAUGAAAUGGAGAAUCUCGUCCUCGACGAACCUUCCAAUAACAACAGCAACGGCACCAAAUCUUUUUCCGAUUACCGUAGCGCCAUGUCAUCACUCGCCGAUACUUACCACCCUCUAUCGCCGCCGAUGACGGCGCCGGCUGACUCUGAUCCCCUGCUUGCUCCUUCGUCCUUUCGUGAUCUCCGAAACCCUAAUAUCGCAACCGAUAACUCGUCUUACAUUGAGCCGCCGUCCUAUUCCGAUGUCAUUUUCAGUCCGUUCGAUGAAAACGCGGUCAACGAAGUCAACGGCGCUGGUAGCCCUGGUCGUUCUUCCGAUUCUUCUGUUUGUUUCUCGAGGUCCCCGUCCUCCAGCUCCGAGUAUAUCAAAAUAACAGUCUCGAAUCCACAGAAGGAGCAAGAAACUUCUAAUUCUCUCGUUCCAGGAGGUAACGCUUAUGUUACGUAUCUAAUUACGACGAGAACGAGCAUGCCAGGGCUUAACGGAUCUGAAUUUAGCGUACGGAGGCGAUUUAAAGAUGUGGUUACUUUAUCAGAUCGAUUAGCAGAGUCUUAUCGAGGGUUUUUUAUUCCUCCGAGGCCGGACAAGAGUGUGGUGGAGAGCCAAGUGAUGCAGAAGCAGGAGUUUGUCGAGCAGAGGAGAGUGGCAUUAGAAAAAUACUUGAGGAGACUCGCCGGGCAUCCAGUGAUUAGCAAAAGUGAUGAACUGAGGGUAUUCUUACAGGUUCAAGGGAAGCUGCCGUUGCCAACGAGUACUGAUGUAGCUUCAAGGAUGCUUGAUGGUGCAGUGAAGUUGCCGAAGCAGUUGUUUGGAGAGAGUGUGGCAGUGGCGCCACACGAAGUUGUGCAGCCGGCAAAAGGAGGUAGGGAUUUGUUACGGCUAUUCAAGGAGUUGAAGCAGUCAGUAUCUAAUGACUGGGGAGGAUCAAAGCCACCUGUUGUUGAGGAAGAUAAGGAGUUUUUAGAGAAGAAAGAGAGGAUGCAUGAUCUCGAGCAACAACUCAGCAAUGCUUCUCAGCAGGCUGAAUCGCUGGUUAAAGCCCAACAAGAUAUGGGGGAGACAAUGGGAGAAUUAGGAUUAGCAUUUAUAAAAUUGACUAAAUUUGAGAAUGAGGAGGCUACCUUAAACUCUCAGAGAGUUAGAGCUGCUGACAUGAAAAAUGUGGCGACAGCUGCAGUUAAAGCAAGCCGAUUCUACCGGGAGUUAAAUGCGCAGACUGUCAAGCAUUUGGAUACGUUUCAUGAAUACCUUGGACUGAUGUUGUCUGUCCAUGGUGCAUUCUCAGACCGUUCUAGUGCUUUGUUGACUGUGCAAACUCUUAUAUCUGAUUUGUCGUCAUUGCAUUCGAGGGCCGAAAAACUUGAAACUGCAUCAUCAAAGAUAUUUGGUGGUGACAAAUCUAGGAUUCGCAAGAUAGAGGAGUUGAAGGAAACCAUCAGAGCCACUGAGGAUGCAAAACAUGUUGCAAUUAGAGAAUAUGAACGGAUCAAGGAGAAUAACAGAAGUGAACUAGAAAGGCUUGACAGAGAAAGGCGUGCUGACUUCUCGAACAUGUUGAAGGGGUUUGUUCUUAAUCAGGUGGGAUAUGCUGAGAAGAUUGCAAACGUAUGGGCAAAGGUUGCGGAAGAGACAAGUGCAUAUGCGAGAGAGAGCAUUGUGUAAAUUCGGAUCUUCUGCUCUUUAUUUCCGUUUUCUUUUCUGUUUGUUAUUGCACACUGAUAGGAAGUAUUCUUACAUUGAAUCAAUAAAGACGAGAAGUUUGUAGCUUAUCAAAUUUUACUUUCCUCUUAGUCUGUUAGCUAGGUUGUUAUUUGUUUAAAUACAUCCUGAAAUUUUUGUUUGAUGUUGUAAUUUCCUUUAGUACCUCUUUGAAAGUUCUUUUUUCUUA